UCUCUCCCCACUCACUCUCCCCACUCUCCCCACUCUCCCCACUCUCCCCACGCUCUCUCACCACUGCUGGACAAUGCGCUGCCUUCUGAUCCCAAAGAUGACCAGCAUCAUCAUCAGUAUCAUCAUCAUCAGCAUCGCCACGACUCUAAGCGCCGCGAGACCUGGAGGGACGAGGUGGAGCAGCCCCGGGCCUCUGUGCUGUCACCGUCAGAGCAAGUUCGUGUACCUGGGCACAGACGUCCUCGGCGCUCCCGUGCGCGUGGACGCGGGCACGUGCACGCGCGUCCCGUGCGCGCGCCCGGCGCAGAGCGGUCACGCGCACGGCUCCUCCUCCUCGUCCUCGUCCACCUCCUCCUCCUCCUCCUCGUCCACCUCCUCGAUCCUGGAGCGACUGUGGGAGCGUCUGGCCGAGCAGCGCGGCGCCUUCCCGCUCCAAACCUCCUCCUCCUCCACCUCCUCCACCUCCUCCUCCACCGCGUGCGUCACGGCGGACGGAGCAGGCGCGUGCGUGCCCACGCGCGUGCACGUGUGGUGGGUGCGCGUGCAGGCCGUCGCCGGUGGGGGCGGCACGCGCGUGCGCGAGGCGCGCGCGCUCGAGGCCUGCGCGUGCGCGCCGCGCCCCUCUGAGCCGUGCGCGCGGCUGCCGGCGCCGCGCCUCUACAACCCCGGCUCGCCGGGCAUCGAGACGGCCAUCGACCCGGGCCGCUGCGUAGCCUCGGACCCAGACGUGGACGCGGGCGCGUGCGUGCCCACGCGCUGGCGCGAGGAGGCCGUGCGCGCGCCCGGCGCGCGCCUCGCCGUGGUGCGCGUGACCGAGGCGUGCGCGCGCGUGUCCACCCCCUCCUCCUCCUCGUCGUCCACCUCGUCGUCCACCUCGUCGUCCACCGGCUCCAGCUCGCCCCCGUGCUACCGCGCGCGCUACGCGGAGCAUCACGCGAGCGUGGCGCGCGCGCACGACGGCAGCCUGAGCGAGCGCGUGCUGGAGAUCGACGUGGGGCAGUGCGUGGGCUCCUGUCCACCGCUCCCCGGCGCCACGUGCGGCGCGCGCGACUGCCCGGGGGACUGCGUGGCCGUGGAGGUGGAGACCCGCCUUCUCCACCCCCGGCACGGGGAGCCGCACGCCGUGCUCGUCAUCCGGGCCUGCGGCUGCGCCUAGACGGGCGGCCACGUGGUGGCAGCGGCGGACACCACGUGGUGCCAGCGGCGGGCGGCCACGUGGUAGCAGCGGCGGACACCACGUGGUAGCAGCGGCGGGCGGCCACGUGGUGGCAGUGGCGGACACCACGUGGUGGCAGCGGCGGGCGGCCACGUGGUGGCAGUGGCGGACACCACGUGGUAGCAGCGGCGGACACCACGUGGUAGCAGCGGCGGGCGGCCACGUGGGGGCAGUGGUGGACACCACGUGGUAGCAGCGGCGGGCGGCCACGUGGGGGCAGCGGCGGGCACGCGAUUGGCGGCCACGUGGUGGCGGCAGCUACGGUGGGGAGGUGGGGGGGGGAGCCGCGACGGUGUCACGUGGGUUGAGCCGUGCCAGAGCCUUCGACGGGGCCACGACGGGGCCCCAUUGGGAGCCGCGAGGCAGCCGAUCGACGCCGCCACUCGGGCCUCUCGAUGUGCAGCCCCUGCCGAAGGGCCGUCGCCCGCAACGUCGCCCCAACCCUCGUCGACGUCCAGUCCCGCGCGCGGGCCGACGGCGACGACGACGACGACGAACGCGGCGUCCGUUGCCGACGCGGAGGGCCCGGGGCCCGGCUACUACGGGCGCGCCGCCGGUUAACACCGCCGGUUAACGCCGUCGCCGCACCUUGGCGGAGGGCCCCGGGGCCCGGCGAAGGCCUCGCCCCGGGCGCUGGCCGCGAGCGGGAAUCGAAACCACCCCCCCCCCCCGCCGGGUUCGUGGCGGGGGGCCUGUGCGCCAACCGCGGAGUCACCGCUCCCCAGGGCCCCUCUCCACCGCCGAUGCCUCCAUCAUCGGUUCCCCUUAGAGGCGAGAUUUUUUUUAUUUUUGUUUAAAAGAGGCGACAUUGGAACCCCAGAGAUGACAAAAUACAAAUCCCGUGGUGGCGAGAUCGGGGGGCGAGGGGCGGGGCGGGGGGGGGCUUGCCGCUGGCAAUUUUCCACCGGCCCCCGACGUCCCGUCCGGCACGGCGAGACUUCAUCGGUUCUCUUAAGACGCGAUUUUUUUUUGUUUUGUUAAGAGAGGCGAUGUUGAAAACAGGGCCCCCCCCCCACUGCCCCCCCCCACUGCCCCCCCCACUGCCCCCCUCUGCCCUGCCCCCCGCUCUCUCAAACUCACCGACCGUACGUGAUAGAUGGGUAGUCUGGUACAUCAGGAGUGAGUGUGUGUGUGUGCUGUUUUUAUUUUUCAACACCGAGCUAAACGUGUUUUAAUUGCAAGUGGUAUGCUUCGUUUAAUUGACCGAUCAAUCGGCUUUAUAUGUAUACAUUGUUUUUAUUUUUGUUGUUGUUGUUGUGGUUUUAAUAUAAAGCCCCCGUUGGGUUCGUAACAUCACCUGAAACACCUCGUUUCAUUUACCCCCCCUCUAGUUUUAAAUUCGCUCGCCAGCUCCUUAGCCAAGUAUGGGAUUCGAGUUCUCCCACAUCUCCUUUUUUUCCGGCAAAAAAAACACAGCCGUUUUGAGACGAUCAAACCCCCCAAAACUGAAACCUUCUCGCGAGGAAUCAUGUCUGCAAUUAACCGCAAUACUUGUGGCCACAAUUGCAAAACGGGAAUUCAUCUUUGGCUCAUUCGGCAAAGACUUCACCGAAAGAACGAUACAAUCGUACAUGCAUCGUCCUUGAAACUGAUUGGUCCACACCAUAGACGGCUUUCUUUUGAGCCUCGUCUCAACUGCGGCGUUCGUCCCCGGCGUUUCAAAGGCAGAGUUUGUUUAUUGUCUGCAUGCUGAUCACGGUCAUUGUGGUCAAUUGCGGUUACAGGAUUCCUUGCGAAAAGAGUUCAGUUUGGUGUUUUAACAUCGAAGCACAACUCCCGUUUCAUUGUUUUGCCAGAAAGGGUCACACCUAUUUUAAAUUUUGAAUUAAAGCUUUCGUGACUGCGGUGAUUCAUACUCUUGGUUCUUUCGGUAAAGUCACCACCACGUAGA